GUGGCCAGAAGAUAACUGGCUGAAAGUUUAGUUAUGAAAAAUCAUCUUUAAUAGUUUUGCAAUCGGCUUCUGCUUUUUCAUGUCAAAAGUUGAAGAUCAAAGGCAGAUGUCUACCCGAAAUGGCGUCUACAUUGUUCAGGGUGAAAUGUCUCUUGUGGUGGCGGCUUUACGAAGAAAUGUUCGUGGCGGCUCCCACAGUCACCAGGUAUGAUUUAUCGUAGUUUCCUUGAGACGAAAUUUACUAUUUAAAACCAAAUCGCCCUGAAUGUAGACGGCGAUUUGUUACUUAACUCGAUGAACCCCCGUUACGUUACACUUUUUACAAAUCUAAAAUUUUAUUUUGUUGAGGUUCUACAUUGGGUUGGUUUAAAUCCUCUUUAGAUGAAAUUUUCGCUUUUUUAAUGUAUUGUGCUUUUAAUCAUUGUAGUUGUUAUAAAUUUAGUCUUGUCAUCGAAGGGUGCCUUGACAUGAAAAAUAGUCACCUAGUGAGGGAUCAAUUUAAGCCUGCUCUACUCAUUCUUCCCUCUAACUACAGUGGAGGAAGGAGCUUUAAGGAAAACGUUUACAGAGUAUCAAAGGAGUCUCUUACAUGUAUUUCUCUGUACACUUUUUUCAUACCUUGGCAGCUCCAAGUGUGCUGUGGAGGCUUCUUUUUCUUAUAUACAAAGUUAACCCUUUAACUCCCAAGAUCAAAUUAUUUAUUCUCCUCUCAAGCUGCUACACAUUUCCUUGUAAAGUAGAAAUGAGAAUUUGGUGUUAGAUCAGGAUAAUAACUUCUACCUAAUAAGUUUGAAUAUUCUCAUUACCUAUUUGCUGGAUAAUGUAAGGAUAUAAUAGGGAGAAGUUUCAUUUUGAUCACUUCUGGGAGUUUGAUGGUUAAAGAAACUGAUGUGUACAUGUAUUUAUUAGGACAAUCUUUUUUUGUAUGAUGUACUUAGCUUACUGUGUUAUAAAUUUUUGCUUUAGAUGCUAAAUUUUUUUUCAUUCUCUUCCCACAUAUAAUUACAUGUUACUGUAGUUAAAGAUCAUAAUAGACUCAUUGAAAGGUUGCUUUGUGUUCACUAGAUCUGAUGUUAAUCUUUUUGGUUCAAAUACAGGAUGAAGAACAAGAUCCAUUACUUCAUGGAUUUUCUCAACUUAAAGACCAGCUUGCGGCUAUUUCUGGUAAGGAUUUGUAGACUAUAGACACAUGGGCAAAGCCUGUUCCGGUAUCAAACAAGUUUUAAAAGAGUUUCAAAUUGAUGUGUUUCCAGUGUGUGUAAGCCAGCCAGCUAAAUUGCCUUUCAGUUGAAAAACUUUAGUUCACUGAUUUAGUUCAAGAAACACAUGUUAAUCUUCCUGUGUAAAAAUGUGUAAAUUUAGCAAAGGUUUAGGAAAAAUUUGUAAGGAACAGAUACAUGUAAAUGCAAAUGCUGGCAAGAUCUGAAAGGAGAAUUUAACAGUGAAUUUGAGCUCAUUAAGGGCUUUCUCCCAUGCAACCUUUCAAUUGAAGGGACAAAGAAAAGAGGUCAUUCUUUUAUCCCAUUCAGAAAGUAAGGUGAAUGGGGUGAAAGAAGUUAUUUUUAAUUAGAAGGGGUGCUUGUUUACUAUAGUGGUGAAGGGGGCUGGAUUCUCUUUAGAAGAAGGGGAUCUACAUGUUUAAGAGCAUGGAAACUUUGUCAAGGGAAUCUUGUGUACCUAUAACAUAAAGCUAUUGAUUAUCAUAAGAUGGGAAUGUUUCAAGGUUGUAGUGGUAUCUUCCUGCGCAAUUUGUUUCAUGAUGUUUGUAUGCAUGUUAUGUUAAACUGUUUCAGCCCUAUUUGGCAUGUAUGGAUUAGGUUAUGCCUUUACAAGUGAAUUUAAAUGUAACUACUAUUUAUGUUUAUUUUUUAGUUAUUUAAGUACAUGUGUUGUGUCAUAUACAAUUAUUUGUGUAGUAUUUCUUAAAUGUCAUUUGAUUUGUAUUUUUGUGUGCUUAUCUUGUUGCAGAUUUGAGUGAAGUAGAUGUAAACACUUUCUUGGGCCCAUUUCUUGAAGUCAUUAGGUCCGAAGACACAACAGGACCUGUUACUGGUGUUGCGUUAUCAUCUGUGAACAAAUUUCUGUCUUAUGGACUUGUUGGUAUGUUUACUUCCUUUUAUUACUCAGCCUCAAGCAUUGUGUUUUGGCUGGGACUAAAAGAUUUGCAGAUUUCAGACUUGGGAUAGAUAGCUUGCAAAGAAGAUACUCUCUGUUAACCCUGGGCAAGUGGAUUUUAACUUACAGUGUAUACUGACCUAAAAGUUUUCUGGAAAUUAAAGUGAUAGUAAGAAAAUUCGCAAGAGCCAAAAGCUUUUCUUUUAAGGUGAUUGGAUGGAAAGAGAUUUGCUCAUAAAUAAAGACACUGUAAAGCCUUAUUUAAUGAGAGUAUCCCUUAACUGUGGCCUUCGAUCCUAACAACGGUUGUAGUAAUAAACUUGUACAAUGGGUUUAGUAAUAAACCUCUGUAGAAACACUCUUUACAGGUCUAAUUAAAAAUGGACAAGAUGAGCCUAAGGAGAAACUUAUUCAACCAGGUUUAUUUUAGGAGAGUAUUGUGUUGCAGAUCCAGCCAGUGAAAGUGCAGCAUCUGGUAUUGAGAAUCUGGCUGAUGCUGUUACUCAUGCUAGAUUUGUAGGCACAGACCCUAGCAGUGAUGAAGUAGUACUCAUGAAGAUUCUUCAGGUAAGAUAAUUUUGCUUUGAUGAAGAAUAUAUUUGAAAUUCAGAUUCUAGUAUUGUCCUUUUGUGAUGACUUUUGAGCUACAGUGAUUAUGAUGUGACUGGUGGUCUGGGUGAUACAGUGCACCUUCAGGGUCUAAUUCCUUUUCCAGUUUUUCUCUUACCAUUUAUUAAAAAUGGUUUAAUUAGCUAUUUUAACAGGUUGAGGCCCAAAACCUUUAGGCAAAACUGAACAUCUACUUCCCUGUGGCCUUAGUUAGUGUAGAGUCUCUGGAUAUGAACUGAAUAUACCUCUUAAACAGAAGGCAAAAUGUGCCUGAAUUGAAAUCCAGGACAGAAAGUCAGGGAGCCUGUUAUUUUCAUGAUAUAUUUUUCAUGAUAAAUUUAAGUUUACUCAAACAUAUAGAAAAAACCCUCACAGUGUAUUUUAAAAAUCAAUCAAUAUUCUGCUACAAAAGUAUUAUAAAUUAUGUUUGUUAGGUGCUCAGGACACUGCUGCUAACACCUGUUGGUGCACACAUGACAAAUGAGUCAGUCUGUGAGAUCAUGCAGUCCUGCUUCAGGAUUUGUUUUGAAACAAGACUCAGUGGUAAGUAAGAAAAUUUGGUUUAAUCGACUGAGUUGAUAAUGUCAAUUGGCCACUGCAAAGAGUUUCUAGGCUAACAUUUCUAAUGAAGGGCUAGAGUUUAAAACUCUAGCUUAGAAACUCUAAGGGUGGCUGAUUUAUAUUAUCAACCCAGUUGAUGAAACCAAAUAACAUCUUGUUAUACCCCCUACUGAAGCAGUACUACAGUAUCUUUGCAAACAUACCCCCUUUAGUUAUUGGUAAGUACUUUACAAUAAGUAUGCUUAUAAAGAAAUAUGCUUGUUCCACCCAUGAAGAUUGUGAACUUAUGGUCUUUACCGCAUAUGCUUUAAAUCUGAGGUAAGGAUUGGAACAUUUUUUUGCUUGCUUGGGUACAGUAUUCAAACUCAUUCUUUAAAUAAGCCCCACUCUCUAUAGAAUAGCAAACAAACAUACAUACAUACAUACAUGGUACAUACUGGUCAACUAUCUAAAUAUACUUAGCUUCCAGUGAGAAACACUCAAAAGCUGGUUUUCAGGUAUUAUGAAUGAUGAAUUUGCUUUAAAAAAUACAGUAUAGAAAAGGUUAUGAUGAAAAUUGAUAGUUGAAUAUUAGUAACUUGAAUAUAAACAAAACAUCUAAAAUCAAGUUUAUACAUUCAAUUUUAACCAAAAUUAAUACAGGUGUAUUUGUUUUACAUUAUUAAGAACUGCUUCGACGUUCUGCUGAACAGACCUUGAUGGACAUGGUGCAGCUUCUAUUUUCAAGGCAAGUUUGUAUCCUAAAUUGUGCCUUUAUUUUUCCUUGUUACUGUGCCAAUAUACUCUCAAGAUCCAAUUUACAAAGAAAGUCAAAAUGUUGAAGUUUAAUUGAAUACAGUCAUAGGUAUUCAUGGGGACAGCAGGAAGUGUCAUUUUCACCUCCUUGAUUAUGAUCUCAAACAGAUAUGAUUGGUUAAAGGAUGCUAGAAGUUGUGGGGCAUCAUAAGCAUUAUAUUGAUAUCCAUGAUUUCAGUGAUAUUGUAAGGAGAAAUUAGAUGCUACAUGUCUCUUUUAGGGGUUACAUUCUCAAGGCAGGAAAAUUUUAAAAUUGUUACUUACUACCAAGGAGAAAUGUAAACCAUUGAAACUAACAUCAGCAUACAUAUGAUUUAGCUCACAUUUGUUUGAUUUUGAAUUCCUUAGACUCCCUCAAUUUAAAGAAGAGCUAAAGUCAGGGAUGAUCCCUAAUAUAAGAAAGGUGAGCCCAAGUCAAUUUGACAGAUUGAUUUUAAAUUAGUUGUUUAGGUAAAGUUUAAAAUUUUUCGCCAAAGAAAAAAAGAAUUGUGGUGGAUAUUUCUAGGUGAUAUAAAUAUUCAACUUUGCACCAACAAUGAGAUGAAUAACUGUUACUAAAUAAAAGCAGCAGGCCUGCUUAAUCAAACUGAUGCUUGCCCAUAGUGACUAUUUUGUUUUAUACAAUUCGCAAAGCUUACAGUUUUAAUAGCAUAGUGAGAGAGGGCAUUUGACUCAGCUUUUACUGGUUGAGAAAAGUAAGUUUUUUGACAUGAUGUAAAUAAAUUUCUGAACUAGAAAUGAAUUUUGAAUUAGUCACCCAUCUAUUUCUAUCUAUUUAUAUCUAUCUAUCUAUCUAUUUUAAUUUAUAGCUAUUGUUUUAAUAGGUGUUCAAAAGAGCUGGAGCCAUCGCAACUGGAAAAAGGAAGAAGCAUAUGUCUCCUAAACCAAGACGAGGUCACUUUGAAGAGAUGCCCCUUGCAACAACAAUAACAACAGUAGCUACAACAACAAUCACAACCCCCUCUGAUCCACUGAAAGAGGAUAUCAAACCUGAAAAUGUCUCUGAAACUGAUCCAACUCUGCAAGAAAAUUUCUUGCAAGAAUCUUCUGAAAUAUCAGAUUGUGUACCAGGACAACCUGUGUCUGAUGGAGACACAGGCAAGCCUGCUGGAGAUUGCACCAACCUCACUGAACCUCUCAAUGAAGAAGGGCCAUCUAUAGCAUCACAGCUAAUGAGCAGUGAAGUAGAAGGGGAUGGUCUGAGCAUGGAAGGAAUUGUUAUGUCUGAAGAUGAGCGAGAGGUUGUAUGUGAAAAGUCAGCAGAAGAGGUAAAUGUGGUGGCCCUUUUUACAUACAAACUGUAGCAAUAGGCACAGGGCCAUUUAUAUUCAAGAGAUAAACUGAUUGCAGAAAUACAUGUACAUUACAAAUCACAAACUUCUUUUAAGAAGAAAGGAUCAAUAAUGAUUAACAACGAUUAUUUGGUCUAGUAUUUAAAAAGCAUCCAGUCACUCAAUGUGUAAUACUGUUAUCAUGUAAAAUUCAACUUGGCUUAUCACAAUGGUGAUGCACAACAAAGAACAUUUAAGAACACUAUAAAUAAAUAUUUCAAUUGAUUUGAAUGCUAAUUAUGAGGGAAUCAAACUUUACUUACAUGACUGUCCAGAACUACUGGAGAAACAAGAUUGCCAUUGUUUAUGAAAAGGCUAAUAUGAUUCAGAAAUAAAAACUACAUGAGUGCAAAUAUAAUUCUACUGUUGCAAGAUCAGAUUGAAAUGUUAGUUGAAAUUAAUCAAAGUUAACAGGAAUCCAAUGCCAAAAUUUACACAAACCUUGCUUUACUGGUGCCAUCAUGAAUUAGAAAGACAGUUAUUACAUGUCUCAAGUUUAAUGUCUUUGACACCUUGGGAGUUAUUUUAAAAAUUAAUGAGUAGUCAUUCUUCUGGCAACAUUUUACAGUUAUGAUGAUAAUAUAAUUAUGUUCAUAUUAAUGUGUAAACUAGGUUGGCACAGACAUUGUUGCUAGCUCCCUCAUAACAGAGGAUGAUGAUCAAGUGAAAGAAAUAAUGGGAAGUACUGCAUCAUUAGAAACAGUUGAGUCAGAGGACUUGUCAGAAGUAGCUGAGGGAAGCCAAACAGAAGCAAUGCUGCAACAAGAUGACUAUGUUAACCCUCGUGGAGUGCGUUUUACCCCACAAGAACCUGUUAAAGAGGGUAUGUAGUGACAGACCAUGGUUAAAAAUGUAUUCUGAUUUGGGGUUUGCUUUCAUGAAACUCAACAAUGGGUGACUUCAACAAUGAGGUGGACAUCUUGAAUGGCAAGGUAUUGGUGAGGACAACCAAGAGAAAACUACUUGUAAAACAAAGGCGGCAUAGUUUUGGAGUAAUAUUUAUUUUUUUAAGCCUCAUUUGAACAUUACAGACUGAUUUUUUUUGUGCUGUGAGAGAAUUCUGUUAUAUUGAUCUGUUGAACAUAUAUAUUUUUGGCAGUCUCAUUACCUGUCAUAUACUAACUUCAGUAUUUCAUGGCAGGUGCCGGUCCUUUGGUUCCCUAUGGUUUGCCUUGCAUUCGAGAACUAUUCAGAUUUCUUAUUUCUCUCAUUAAUCCCCAUGACAGGUAGGCUUGAAAUGUGAAAAAAAAGCUGUGAUUAACAGGAUAGAAUGUCAUGAAAAUCCAAUCAAUAUAUAUUACUCAGUUGAACAUUACACACUGAUGUGAUGUUGUAAUGUCUUUAUUUUCUAUAAUUAUUAAUGCCGUUUUCAAGGGUAUAGGUGACUAGGAUUUUAGAAUAUUAGAAAAAUUGUGUCUUUCUUUUUCAUGUAUUGUAAAACCCAGCUGAAAUUUUUCAUUAGAUACCUGAGGAAAAGAGGUCAAAUGAUACAUGUUAAAUGUGAUUGUGAUUAUAAUCAUAUGACAAUUUUUAUUCUUCUUUGCCUUUUUUUGUCUUAUUGUCUCAAAUUAUUAUGUGAACUUGAAUUAUUUCCUCAUUAUCAGGCAUAAUUCUGAAGCCAUGAUUCACAUGGGACUGUCUCUCUUAACUGUUGCUCUUGAAUCUGGUUCCCAUCACAUUGGAACUUUUCCAUCACUGAUGAAUUUUGUAAAGGAUGACAUGUGCAAGAAUCUCUUCUGGGUAUGUAGGGUUUAAAGUGUCUUUAUAAUGGUUACUUAGGAGCAGAUGGGAACUGUUAUUAAAGAAGGAAGUAAUGGGCAUAAUUCUAAUAAGCACAACUUAGUGCUGCAUUUAUUAAAUUAGAAAAACUGGUUUACUUGAUUCAAAAGGAAUUUCUCAACUUAAUCCAUUUUUUUGUCUAUACAUCUCUUUUUGUUUUUCAUUUUCUUUCAAUGUUUCACCUGUUUUUUAUGUUCAAGGAAUACAUAUUUUAUGAACCAGUCAUUCAGAAUUUAUGAUUUUAUGUAAAUGAUGGUUUUCCUAUUUUGUUAUUGAGACAAAUGGCUCAAAAUUUUAUAUUGAUAACUGCCAACUGAAAAACUUUUUUGGAAAAAAAAAUUGUUUGUCACUUUUCUGGAGAUAAAGAGAACUGCUGAUUACUCUUGUUUAACUACUAUAAUACUUAAUAAGUAUUAUUGCUUUGUUCAAUAUUUUGUGGAUCUUGGAAAAUCCAGCAAUUCAUUUGGUAUUUUUUAAUUGUUAAUGUGUUUGACAAUUGACGGAAACUUUGAUUUUUGGCUGGAAAGGUUAAAUGACUAUCAGUUUUGUAACAGCUACCUGUUUUAUAGAUAAUAAUUUGCUUUUAGCCAACCAAAGAAAAAUGGGGAGUCAUUUGAUAAACCUCUUUAGCUUAUAUCUUUUGUUUUUGCAAUAUAGGUCAUGUGACUACUCUAAAGAACUCUUUCUCUCAAAUUUUGUCCUGUUUGCUUGCCAACAUAAUUCAAAGGACAAGCAGGGAAUUUCCCUGAGAUCUCCACAAGCUUAACAGUGUUAUUUCCCUUCUGCUCCUUAAAGAUGAAAAAAUGCCUCUAAGCUUACCAGGAAAAGUGCACACAAAGCACUUUCCACUUGUGUUGUAGUUUCUAACAUUGAUUAUUUCCCUGUUGCAUGGUAUUUCUUCAGCUUAUCCAGUGUGAUGUUCUUGGACUCUUUACCAUGGCAAUGAGAGUGUGUUUCCUGUUGUUUGAAGGGCUUCGCACUGAAUUGAAAUUCCAAAUGGAGGUUUGUAAUGUGAUUAGAAAUUUUCAGCUAAGCAAUUAGGAAAGAAACAGCAAAUGUUUAGCUCGAUAUUUAUUUUCCAAUCAUGUAUCCAAUGUGGUCCUAAUUGUUAGCCUUCAUGUGCCCAUGAAUAAUACUUCCUAACCUGAUCCAUGUGCAGUGAAACAAGAGAAUCUUAGGUAAUUAAUGUGUCAAUCAAUUUGAAGCUUCAGCAUCCUCCUUCUAUUCAAAUUCCCACCUCCUGAGGCCAGAAUUGUGUUCAAAUGCCCUACUUAUGUGCUGGAUUUGAUGGCCAAUUUUUUAAUAGGCAACAUCAGUGACUGUGACUUUUUACUUGUUGACCAAGCUUUAAAUGCUAGACCUUGUAGAAUUUUUCUUCUAAGCCUUUUGCUGACAAAAGUGAACUUGAUACCUUUAAACACCUAGACAUUGAUAGAUAUAACACUGUCUUGUAUUCUGCUGGAAAGAUAUGUAAGGUUCAAACUCCCCUCCCCCUGGGUACAGACAGCAGUCAAUGCACAUGGUUUGCCUGGAGGGCAAUACCAAAUGCAAUACCAUUGCAACACCUAUUCAUAUAAAUAAAUCCAUUUCAUAAGCCACAUCCAAACCUCAGUAGAUUUCCCAUAUACAAAGAAAUCAUCACCACAAGUCUGAUUUGUGACUAAAGCUAGAGGAUCUAACAUUGAUGUUUAUUUAUCAACAUAUUCAGAUGUUUUUCAAGAAGCUCAUGGAUAUCUUGUCACUAGAUCCCCAAAGUGUACCCUAUGAGAAAAGAGAACUUACCCUUGAUGCAGUCAAUCAGGUGACAUUGAGUUAGUUCUUUUACUAAAAAUAUGUUUUGAUGCAGUUUUGUUAGAAGCAUAUGCAUUCUUUAGGCGUAGUCAGGUGGACAUAGUGCCAUCAGCUACCCAGAAUCCAAGGUGCUAAAGCAGUGAACUGUACAAAUUAAUAAUAUUUAAAAUUUUUACAGGAGUUUCAACCUGGUAGUAAGUCUUCCUUGUAACAUAAAAAGAGUUUACCCAUUGCAGGAGGGAAAUACCCUCGAUCAAGAUAGUACCUAUAAUUUGAUGAAAUAGUCACUCUAGUUUGAUACAAAUUACUCUGAUGAUUUUAAAAAGGCCGAUGAACUUUUUUUUCAGAAGACAAGCUUGAAAUCUUCUUUAACUACGUGUACAUUGAAUUGUUUUCCUUUUUCCAGUAUAGAGGACAGUGGGUCUUGCUGUCCAUUCACUGUCUGGGUAAAUGUUUUGGUGAGACUUAUGUGUAAAUAAAUAAUAAAUUGAAAUUAAAUAUUUCUUUACAAUCACGUAUUUUCUGUCUCUAGCUUUUCAGGGUUCCAAAUUUAGUCAUGGAACUUUAUUUGAACUACGACUGUGAUGUGUACAGCACUAAUGUAUUUGAGGAACUCUGCAAACUUCUCUCCAAGGUAUACUUUGCAAUUUUAGUUUGUCACAGGUUUGAAGUGAUGACUACUGCAAGAAACACCAACAAAGAAAAUUCAACAUUUUGAUUUUCCGCCAUAGUUAUCAAAGGUGGAAGCGAAAGAAAUGCAAUCUACUGAUUGCUCUGUAGUUUUGUUGAUUGUGUAAGCAAUUCUUUUCAAUUAUUAAUUGUUACAGUGUACAGGUAUGUUAGUCGACUCGUCAACGUAAGAAGUGGCCGUAAGAAAAGGAAAAGGCAUGGGGAGAGUCUCUUUUCUCUGAAUAUUUUAAGUAGGAUGUUCUUUCCAAAACGUGUUUCAUUCAAAUGCUCUUUUAUUCUUUUUUAAAAAAGGAAAAACAAAGUAUGUAAGUACUUUUGCUCUCUUUUUUCUCUUUUUCUUUUUCUUUCCAAAAUGUGUUUUAUGCAAAUACACUGUUAGUCUAAAGGAAAACAAAGAUUGUGCGUUCGUUUCCUCAUUGACUUUGGUAUCUAUGCAACUUAGUUCUUUUCGUCAUUCUUUCUGCAGAACGCCUUUCCCUCAGCUGGAAGCCUUUAUAGUGUACAUUUACUUUCUCUUGAUGCUCUCCUUGCUGUGGUCCAGAACAUUGAGGAACACUGUCACUCUGAGCUUUUAAACACAGUAGAAAAUUCCACAGAUGAAAAUAACGCUGAUAAAUGUCCAAGCAAGACGACAGGUAACAGGAUGUUGUAACUUAUCUGUGUUGUGUUAUAUUUUAGGUGUCGUUCAAAAACUAGACUUGAGCCUCUCACAAUAUUACAAAUAAAAGGAGCCAUAUUCACUUCAGAGUCUUGUAUAUCUGCUAUUUAAAAAGAACACACGGAUUAUUCUGAUAAGAUUUCAGCUAAAGAUAAUACAACCGGGAAUUACCUUUUUCCAAGGAAUCUAUUUACAAUACUUUUAACUGAUCAUUGAUUGGAUGGGCGUUCAUGACCAGUGGUUUGUAGAGUGGCUAUUGUUAGCUGUUUAGUGUCUAGUAUUAGCGUGUGAACUUCACCCGUAUUCCAAAGAAGACAAAAUUGGUAGUCACGUCUACACAGUUCCUUUUCAGUUUGUUAGGUGAAAGAUAACUUUGACAAAUCUACUUUACAUGGAAUUUUACCCGCUUGCUUUGCUAGCAGAUGACGAUUCAGGCAUAGAUGACAAAUGUGAUUCCUCCUCACUUAUGUCUCCACCGUCGCCACCAACUUCUGGCUUUGCUAUGGCCAAAAAAAUGACCGUUGGUGUGGCAUCACAAGAGCUGAGCACACAAGACAGUGCUGCAAAGAGCUGUGAUCAGUCUGGUGAUGACAAGUCUUUCAACUCAUCUCUCGGUCUUCUACUCUCUUCCCACCUUCCAGCAGUCGAGACUCUGGCCAAGCUGAGACAGAGAAAGAAGGUAGAAUUAAGUCACCAGACAACAAGUGAAGAAGCACUCCCCUUCAUAUAAUUUAGAAAUUCUCGUUACCCGUUUUGUUUGAAAAAGUCUGCGCUCAGUCUUGGAUAAUGUUUGUCUGGAGAGUUAUUGUUGAAUCACUUUCAGAGAGAUAACUGAUUUUUUUUUUACAUCAUGCAACAUACUCUGCUUCAAACUAAUUGAUGUGUUUUUUCUUAGAUUCUUCAAGCUGGUACUGAGCAGUUCAACAACAAGCCUAAGAAAGGAAUUGAAUUUUUGCAAGAGCAAGGGCUGCUUUCAUCUCCUCUUAAUCAUGAAGAAAUGGCCAAAUUUUUGCGUGAAAAUCCACGUCUUGACAAGAAAACGAUUGGCGAUUACCUCGGUGACAAAAAGAACACGCGAGUUUUAGAAGCAUUCGUGCGGUAAGUAUACUAACUUGCAAACGACUUGACAAUUAUUGGUGACAGACGGAAGAACUUCCAUUUUUAGAUAGUAUUAUUGUAUGGUAAAGUAGUCCUAAGGUAAAUCCGAACAUUCUGAUUAGCUCUUACAUGGUUCGUAGUUUGUCGUACUGACCUUUCUUCCACAGAAACGGGAUAUCGACGAUAUCGAUAUCGAUGCAUAAUAAAAAAGACAACAAUUUCAAAUGGUUUGCUAUUUCCAUAUACUCUUUGCAUUGACGUAACAUUCCUUGUCUAAUCUCUCGUCAGAUCUUUCCAUUUCCAUGAUUCAAGAGUGGAUGAAGCUCUUCGUUCUUUCUUAGAAAGUUUUCGUCUACCGGGUGAAAGUCCUGUCAUUGAACACAUUAUAGAGUUCUUUUCUGAAUUGUUCUAUGUAAGUUGAAGGUUUUGUUAUAUAUAUUACAUGGCCAACUACAAAUAACGUACUGAACCCCCCUAAAAGUGCCUAGUUCGAAACUCCUACUUUAUUUCAAAGUAUUAACUUGCAAACGCUCUCCUUAGAAUUGGCUGGGCCCUUUUUUCUCCGUUCACAUCGACGUUUUAUGGUGGUGUGCUUCACUGGACACGUGAACCUGAAAGGAUAAAGGCAUUCAACAAUGAAUUAGUUUCCAUAUACUGUAGUGUUAGCCAGACACGUAAAGGAAAUCGGAAUUUUUUUCAUCGCAAUUCAGAAACUAUUUUUAUCACUUUUUGUAGACGCAUUUGUCUUAAUAGCAACCAGAAUCUGGUGUUUUACCUCUUAACUCGUACGGCCGAUCUCCUAUAAAUCUAAAGUCAGUUAGAUAUUUGACCGUGUGAUUACUCCACCUAGUGACAGUGGACUGUGUUUACAAACUGCAUUGGUUUAGGAAGUCUCUCAAUAAAUCAAUAUAUCAGUCGUGGUGUACUGAUUGAGUGUGCGGCCUCUUGAUAACUUAUAGGAAGGUAAUCCAGAGCCAUAUGCCAACAAGGAUGCUGUAUUUACACUCUGCUAUGCUGUUAUUAUGUUGAAUGUGGACCAGCACAAUUCCAACAUCAAACAACAGAAACCAAUGACAUGCGAGGUACACCACUAAACAUUAACGAAAAUUACUAUACCUUAGACUUCCUAUGUAAAAUAUAAUUGGACGAGAGCAUUUAAUCGAUAUACAAUAGCGUACGAAGUUUUCCUGAUAAAUGCAAUAUCUGUAGCAGAUUUUGCAUUUAUCAUGUCGAGUUCAAAAUCUGCCUACUUUCCAAGCCCCCUCGUUUGUGUAGUGUUCUCAAACUUUAAAGUGAAUGGUUUUAUAUUUUGUUACAGAACAACGUUGUAUUUACUGCUUCUGUAGCGACUGUUCUAGUAAAGAUUAUAUGUGAUUUAUUUCACAUAGGAAUUUAAGAAAAACUUGAGAAAGACAAAUGGCACGGCGGAUUUUAAAGCAAGUAUGCUAGAGGAAGUGUAUCAUGCAAUAAGGUAAAGACACUCCACCAUACAAUAGAUUCAUGAUGAACACGUGGAACACCAGUGUGAUGUGCUACUGUCAAUGUCAAUCACUAAUGAAAUAAGAGACAACUGAGUUGGGGCCGUUCAGCAGUAGAGCUGUAAGAAAAUGUGUUUAAUUACUUUGGAAUGUGGGAAAAGGAGGGUUUAUUCUUGUGUAUUUUGUUAUUUGUGGAUAUAUCGUUGUAUGUCUGUCUUUUUGUCUAUGUGUUGGCGUGUAUGCAUGUAUGGUCCGUAGACAUCUCUGCAUGUACAGAUGAAGGCAUCUAUGCUUGUAUGCGCAUGUUCAUUUAUGAAAGAACAACGCGUGCUCAAUGAUGCUCCUCGACUCAUAUGGUGUGGUGGGGGUUGUUAGGUGAGCUUAUGUCCGGAGAGUGCAUACUUUUGAGCGCAAUAAAUCUUAGAAUCUUGUGAACAUACUUGAUUCAAAACAAGACAACUCUAAUUUUGUUUUCCCUCGUCUGCCAUUUGAACAAUUACAAUACGAUCCAAGAAAGGUUUAUUUGGUCUAUUUCUUACAUAAUUCUUUUAAAAUAAAUCAGGAGAUACUGUGGAUGACCGCGUUAGCGUGUUGGGUAAUGAAUUAUUAGCUUUCCUUAGCUCCAUAGAAUUUAUGAGAUCAGAGGCUUAUAUUGUUUCUUCUUCCCACAGAAAUGAAGAGAUUGUCAUGCCUUCGGAGAGAAGUGGAAAGAUAAGAGAGAAUUAUGAUUGGAAGGUUAGAAUAAAAACUAGCAUGUUUGUUGUAACAACAGUCGUUUUUAUCAAGACUGGUUGGUUCCGAAUCACAAAUUUGUUCCAACAAGAGAAGGAUAUUGGAUAGCCGUGCGUUAUAUUUAAGGAAUAGUGUACUUUACCCUAACACGAGGAGGGUUUCAUGCAAACCCGAGACGCAGUCGAGGAAAUUGAAAUGUAUAGGGAACAGUACGGAGAACAUGGAUACUGAUGUUAGGAAGGAAAGGGUUGAUCAUGUGACCUUGAACUGCAAGCCUGGGCUUAUUUAAUGGAAGGAAAAGCUACACUUUUGAAUAAUCUAUCAUAAGCAAGUUUAUUUGUGGGCGUUUCUUUCCUUUUUUUGUGGGAAGGUCUUUGUUGAAGAGCUAUUAUUUCUCCUUUUCCACCCUUUGUGUUUUAAUUACGCGAAAAGGUUACUACGUUACUUCAGCCAUGGAACCUAUAAAUUCAUUUGGUUUUGUACCAAACGAAAUAGAUAAUCUGUUGACUCAUUUUUUGUGUGUACAUAUUUUGUCAAACAGGUUUUGUUGCGUCGCAGCAGUAGUCCUGAAGGGAAGUAUAUUAAUGGCUUGGGAAGCAGCUUUGAUAAAGACUUGUUCUUAAUCAUAUGGGGUCCCACUGUGGCUGCUUUGUCAUAUGUUUACGAUAACGGACUGGAAAAGAGUGUUGCACAGAAAGCUAUCGUCGGAUUUAGGUAAAUGUUGGUUAACCAUCAUCCUAUUUACAAAAAUUGCCUCCAGCCUCUCUUAGACGCAUUUCAACAUACUGCUGUUUAGAUAAGGGUGUCAGAAAAAACUGCACGCGACAAUCUCGAAAAGUAAUGUUGGAUUCCGUUAAUCAAUGAACUUUAAUGAGUGAAAUGAAUAGAUGAAAUUGUGACAUUCGCAAUGCCUCGUCCUUACAGCGAUGUUUUCUCAGAUUUCCCUGAAAUCUUUGGUUAAAGGGAACCGUGACUUGAAGACUACCCACAUUACCUUUUGGGAUUGUCGCGUGCACUUAUACGCUUUCGUCGACAACCUUUUUCGAAACAGCUGUAUAACCCUUUGACCUGUAAGGGUGACUAGCAUCUAAUUUCUCCUUACAAUAUCACCCCUGAAUCAAACAUUGAGGUCACGAGAAUAAAGGAGAUGAUCACCAACUAAAGAAGCUCUUGAUUGUUGAACAAAUUCUCCAUAUCAGAACCUUAGGAAAUGUCCAGGGAAUAGUAUGGAGAAUAUGCACACUGAUGAUAGGGAGUGAAGGGAUGAUCAGUCAAGCUGAUACAGCGUAUAAUAGGAGUCAGUCUGACUUACAAGCUGAAGGAUUAGUAUCAUGCAUUGACCGGCACAUUCGUAUUAAACUUCCUGUUUGGCUGGACCGUCAAGGGUUUUUGACUGUUGGUUUUUAUGAAGCGUGAAAGACAGAAGAAACUGAGGACCCCCCUGGAGCUAGUACGGGAACCAAACAAAUCUGACUGACGCCGUGGGUCCUUUCCUCGAAAGUCUCGGUACUGACUUCGUGCUACUACUUAACAGCCAUACUUAUAUCUACAGUAGCAUCGUGGCAAUACUUCUAUUAGCACAUGAACCAAAUACUUGACGAUUCUAAAACAUUUUCAGUGAUUGCCUCCUAUUUUCUUUCAGAAAAUGCGCCCUCAUAUCAGCUCAUUACAGCUUGUCAGAUGUGUUUGAUAACCUGGUUAUUUCACUGUGUAAAUUUACAUCACUACUUACUCCACCAGAGGUGCGAAGAAACGUAUCUUCUCGUGUGCAUUUAUCUUUGGCGACAGAGAGUUUUAAUAGAAAUACUGUGGUAGAGAUGUUCCUAUUUUUUCAUGUCGUAUUAUAAUCCACUAUUGAUGCUUUCAGCCCUGGAUUAUCGGUGGACUUGAUGCGAAGGAAGUCAAUGUUUUACUUCAUUUCUGAAAGGCGUGCUCGAAGGAAAACGUAUAUAGUUAUAUUACGACAGCGAUGUAGAUUUGAUUAGUUUUAUAAUCUUUCUUAAAGGACAGUUUUCCAAAAUUAUUUGGUUGAUUAAAAGUCUAAAUUAAAGUUGAUUACUCACACAAUGAUCGGUUAACAUGUCCAGUGAAGUAAAUCCAUUUGCUGUUUGCUCUUUAUGUUAACAGACUGGAGAGAGUCUAUCAGUAUCUUUUGGUAGAAAUCUAAAGUCGCAGCAAUCAGCAAGAACCUUGUUCGCUUUGGCCCAUCGUCAUGGGGAUAUUUUACGAGAAGGCUGGAAGAAUAUAAUGGACUGUAUGCUUCAGCUAUUCAAAGCCAAGUUGUUGCCCAAAUCUAUGGUGGAGGUAACAAAUAUCGCCUUAAUAAAGCAGAAGAAAUUGUGUUUUUUUUUUUCCCGGCCACCUUUGUGUUAUUUUUUAUUUCGUUGUUGUGAGGCAACAGAACCCUCCAGCGGUGAAUGUUGUAACACUUUACUUUACCGAUGUUAUUUUUAGGCGGAAGACUUUGUUGAAGCCAGCGGGAGAGUUAGUCUUUUACCAGAAGAACUGCCAUAUAUAAGGUUUGUUAUUUGAAUGGAUGAUCAAACGAAAUGGAAGUUAUCUACUCAUUAAUAUGCAAUAAUUUGGAAACAUUUGGAAUAAACCAUCCUGUCACCAGCACAGAGCAAACUUUAUUAAAAACGUUUUUACCGGUGAUGUUGUCAUUAAGUUGCCGCAUGAAUUGAGAUUGGAUAGCGUGCACAUGUGUAUGCGUGAGAUUGAGGCAGUGGAAAAUUGUCCCCAAGUGCAGGAGAAAAUUUAACAUUUUAGACUGCCUGAGGUUCUUGACUUUUGUUUAACUUGUGUUCUCAGGCCGGAAACAUCUCUAUUUUCGUGGUGGUUUGUGAACCCAGAGCCAGCAAGUUAUAGAGGUCAGACCACAGAAGACAAAGAAGCACAAAAACAAGCACAUACCUGCAUCAGAGUAAGUUGAAACUGAGCGUGGUGCAAGUCGUUUGUGCGUACGAAUGACGGAUGAACCAAACCCUCGAAGUACACAAGUGAACAUUUUAUGAAAAAAUUUAUACUUUGAAAAGAAAUGAAUCGUUGAUCUUCAAGCCGCAGGAAACGGUUGCUCAUUAAUACCGUACUGUACAAAAGUAUUGAAAACAGUUAUCGCCAAAUAUCGCGCUUCUCCUUCGAGAUAUCGCCUAUAUAUCGCCGAUUUAGCGCGCCUUUUUUUUUCAGCGAUGUCUUUCCAAUGAAAUAUCACUACAACGAUAUUAGAACGCGCGGCAUAUCGUCGCUUCAGCGAAAUAUAGCUACUGUGAUUAGAGCGCGCGAUUUAUGUCAGCGAAAUAUAGCUACUGCGAUUUAUGCGUCAUUGCGAUAUAUCGUUCAAGCGAUAUAACGCUAUAGUGAUUUAUCAUUUGGCGAGAAAUGCAUGUUUUACUUAUCUUCUAAGCUGGCGUUUGAAUUUUUACCCAGGAUUGCCUACCAGAGCUCCUCAUCACAGAGAGCAAGUUUUUGAGACCUGAUUCCUUGAAUGAGCUCAUAAAGGUAAUCUGAAAUGUUGAAUUUUUCAGCGUCUGUGAACUUAAAUGAUUAAUGUUGUGUUUGGCGUUAUUAAACCAGGAUGAGGAAUGUUACAAAAGGCCACGUUGUUCAAAGAAUAACAAGAAAGACUCCAAUAUUUCAAAUUUUUAUUGACCUGCAUAUUGACACCUGGGUAAGCUGUUAGUGCUUUCGAGGCUGCUAGGGUCAUACCCACAUAAGUUACUACCAGGCUGAGUGGUUCAAUUUCAGGGAAAAUUACGAUUCCUCAUCCCCCGGAUUGAGAAAAGGAUAAUGUAUCCGUUCUGGUCGGUUUAUAAUUCUAAGAACACGGGGCGGAGUGUGAUAUUUGUCAUGAGUGUGAUACAAAUGAAGAAGAUUACUGUUAGUAGUCGUUGUGCCAUUGCCACCGAUGUAAGAAAAAAUCAGCACCAGUUAUGUACUUUAUUCAAAUCCCCGCCCUGAAUUAUUUUCAACAUUCAGUUUUGAAAGUUGAACCUUCUUAUUAACGAAGAAAUUCAAGCAGCAGCCUCUGCAGUAAGAAAAGCGUAUCAGCCCGAGGGCUAUCAGCGCUAUCCGACCUUUCAACAACCGCGGCCAAAUGUUUUGAAUCGAUUAUAUUGUCAGGUGCUGAUUUACAAUUCAAGUAUUGAGAACCAAGAAUCUGUCCCUUACGAUGAAGAGGCUGCGGUUUUUUUCCUGGAACUUCUAAUAAGAGUUGUUUUGCAAAACAGGUAGUGGUGCAGUUGUAUUCUGGCUUUUUACCCUACUGUAUAUGAUUCCUUCAUGUUCCGAGAGGAGUCUGGUAAUGUGGUGUAAUCCCAUUUUUGUUCCUCAUUUACUGUUAACUAAGGAUGUUUGUGCGCGAACAAGAACCUUCACCCCUGCACCUCUCUCCACCAGGAAGAGAAAAUGGUACAAACCGUCGGGAAAGUUGACGCAAUGCCGGGGGGAGGGGUAGGGUAGGGGUUAUCCAUGCGAUGGACUUGCAUCGUGCUCAGGGGGUGAGGCAACAUGCCUAGCCACUUCCUGCCACUGAAACCUGAAUACUCUCUGACCUUCUACUUCGCAAGCUGGCGACACUUUACCUCUAUGUCUAGAGUCCCAACUACGGCAAAGACUAAUAACCGUCAUGCAAUGUUUUUUUUAGUACACUGUUCUUAUUACUUUUUCCUUCCACAAAAGUAUUUCACUCGCUGGUUUUUCCCACCAUAUGUCAGGUUAACUAUUAGAAAAACGGAGGGGUUUCUCAAUUUUUUUUCAAUGACAACUUUUUUUGUCUUUUUUAUUAUUUCAAGGUUGGUGUACACUUUGUAUAAUUCAUAUCUAAAUUUCUUGAAACCCGAUUGGACGAUUUUUACGGCUAAAUUUAAUUAUUAGGUGUUAAAGUUUACUGACAUACCUUUUGUAAUAAAAGCUUGUCUGAAUCUUCCAUAGUUUGUAUAAUUUCAGGGUAACAAUAUCUGAUCUAAAGACUUGACUUUCUGAUAUGUAUAAUUUGUUUUAAAGGGAUCGUGUAUCAGCAUUAUGGGCCACAGUGAGGGAUCAUUUGUCAAACAUUCUUGUCAAUGCAACUCAUCACAGGUAAGCAGUUAGAUGGAAAGUGAUAUUAUCAGUUUUAUAGACAUGUUUAAAGUGUAUACCUUUCUUUCUUUCAGUUCAAUUGUGGAGAGAUCUGUUGUUGGCUUGCUAAGGCUGGCAAUUCGUCUCUUGCAUAAAGAAGAAGUAUCCAGUCAAGUUCUUUUAACCCUUCGUAUCUUAUUGUUAAUGAAGCAUGAUGUUCUGCAAGAUUGUGGGAGGCAAAUUUCUUUCGGACUUCACGAACUGAUCCGGACUAACGCCUCUAGUAUAACAUGCUCUCGAGACUGGGUCACAGUUUUUGCUUUGCUGGAAUGUGUAGGUGCUGCUGCUUCACUACCAACUGUUACUUCAAGUAAUGUGUCCAUGUCCACGGCAUCAUCCGAUGUGGGAAGUGAUUUGACAUCGAGAAAUUACGAACUUGCGGACGGAAUAUCAAACUCAGAAAGUGAAGGCGGCUCAUUUACAAGUAUUGAAGCGGAUUCAGGUUUGAGUGGAAGUGUUUUAGGAGACACGUGGUUGGUGAUUACAAAACAGGACUCAGAAAGCUCUCCUGCGAACCAGUAUGAAUUAACAGUGGGUGCAAAAUUAAACAAGCAUGAUAGUAAAUCGUUUGUGAAAUCGUGUCAGAGCUUGGCCUUUUUGAUCCGCGACAACGCUCAUGUCACAAAGGAAAAUUACCUGCAUUGCGUUCACGCUCUUCGCUUAUUCUCAGAGGCUAGUCUAAAUGGAGGAGCUGGAUAUCGCCAAGAUGGCUGGCAACUCAAAGAGAGUACAGCUGAUUACAAAGGAAGUUGGGGGCGCUCUAGCAAAAAGACAUCAUCGUCAUCUUCACGCUCAAAGAAAGUGAGUCCAACAGGUUUGAAGACACGUAAAUCUACCAAGUCGGCCACCAGUAGUCCAGCCACGAGUGAGGAUGAAGCUGAGAUCGUGGAGACUAUCAACAAUACUUAUGAUGCCAUGUCUCUCCAGCUCCUUGAGCUCAUGUACACUCUUCACACUCAUGGAAGAGGAAUUUUUGAUAAAUUCCCAGGUAUGGCUGAUGGUAGCCCUGAUGUACCAGUUCACGACCAGAGCUUGGACUUUCUGUGGACUAAGUGCUGGUGUCCCUUGCUGCAAGGAAUUGCACGCCUUUGUUGUGAUGUGCGCAGGGAUGUGAGAAUGUCUGCUCUUACUUAUCUUCAGCGGGCGUUACUCGUUCAAGAUCUUCAAAAUCUAUCUGCCAUGGAAUGGGAAGCAUGUUUUAACAAGGUACUUAAAGUCACUUCUUCGAAUCUUUCAAACAGUGGCGUUAACUUUUAUAUCCCAACAAAGUUGUCCUGAAGGGAAACGGGAACAAUACGCUGCUCUUCUUGUAAAAGCAAGUUGAAGCACAUUGUAAUUCUCGGUUAGAAAUAAGUGUUUUACUUUUAAUAUGCCCGUGGAAUUCGAGAUAGAAAAUUUCGGCGCCUUUAUUUCAUAAAUAUAACACGUUUCGAACUUUAAAGCUUUCAUUGUCAUCUUUGAUUUGAAACAUUUAUCAAGAAAGUUACCGGUAAACAUGACGCCAUUUUUCACAACUAACAGAUAAAACUAUUUUGGGUUGGGGCUACAGAGGCAUAUUUACAGUGAAAGAUAAUUUUGGUAGUUUGUUUCUAGAAGUUAAUGAUUUAUUCAGCCAAUCCGUUGGCUUUCAGGUUUUGUUUCCCAUGCUGUCUCAACUAUUAGAAGUCAAUAGCAAUAGUGAUCCAAUGGGUGUCGAAGAAACGCGCAUGAGAGCUGCUACUCUACUCUGCAAGGUAUUUGACAUCAUUAACUAGUCGCUCUUCACUCACUCUAAGAAAAAGAGAAAGAUUUUAACUUAUAGAAAACUCCUUUUGUACGAUUUAAGUUUGACCGAAAAUAUAAGUACAAAGCGCCAUAGGAUUUAUGAUCUGUUCUCCUCUCCUCGAGUCCAAUGCAAGGGACUAAACAAAUAAGAUAAAAACUCGCUUAGCAACAAGUGAGGUAGGAAUAUCUACGAGGAAUCUGAACUGUGAAGACUUUGCAACAUCCUUUGAAAAACGAUGAUGAGUUUAUUUUAUUUUUGAUGCGUCUUCUUUUAACUUAUUAGCUUACUGAACAGAGAAUGGGCUGGAAUUUUGUGGCGUGAAAUAUUCGAAGCUAUGAAGAUUUUCUAGCAAAAAUCAUCAGAGCAUUAGCUGAAUUCAUGUUUUGGUUGAUUUAAUAUGUUACAGGUGUUCCUACAGCAUUUGACGCCUUUGUUGUCUUUAUCCACUUUUACUGCACUGUGGUUGACAAUCCUGGAAUUUAUGGAUAAGUACAUGCAUGCAGAUAAGAGCGAUCUUCUGGUGAGUAAAUAUUAUAUUUUGUUUCUACUCGAGCAUAAAGGGUAUUAGAGGUGCAGAGUGCAUGGGAAUCACACUCAUGGUGAUUGUUUUUAAGACUUGGUUAUCCCAGCGGAACGAGAGACCCAAACGUCGCUAACGUCUUCAGUUUCCAGUAAUGCAUUUUUGUCUUUAACAUGACGCCCCCUUAGAUACUUAGACGGUUACACCGACUACUUUUUCGUACAAUAGAAGAUGUGAGGUUGUUUCAACCUUACUUUCUUAGAGACAUCCAGCUAAUCAGUGAUGUUUCCUCAACUAUAUCUUUAAACUGUUUCAGGAGAAAUUAUUUUUAGUUACAAGCAAAUCUAGAUGAAAGCGCUAAUUGCGCUUACUAAAAGCAAUCUUUAAGAAGGAAAAAUUAUCGAACCCAUUAGGAAUAUAAAUUUUGAGGAAAACAUUACCCUGGAUUCCGUCUCCUUUGGUGUGCUCUUCAGAACAAAUGCAUGCUAAGGCACUGCUUAAAUGGAACUUCAUCCGUUAGGCCCUUCCUCCAUUCUUCGAGUCAAUUAGCAACUGACAUAAGACCAACCAAAUUGGAAAAAAAAUACAAUUCCUUCGGGAGACGGAAAGUCGUUCAGUGGAAUGUUGGUUGUUGAAAGUUCAAUUUCCAGCGUAAGGCUUUGUCUCUCAUACGUAAACUUUUAGUUGGUUUUCUAGCACCACAAACGGCUGAGAAGGAAAACACUGACCGCAUUCCAUUCGCUCUCACAUUUCACCCUCACAACCAAGCAAGCAGUUAAAUCUGUUAUUCUUAAAAACUUACUUCAAAACGAUUCAGAGAUUGGUAUUCCCACCAAUAGCAGAGCUCGAUUUUCUGCGUAUAAACUCACACAACCCACAAUUCCUCCAAUCGCUCUGACUAAAUGUCAACUCUGAAACUCUUUACGGUGGCCAAUUUACGUUAUCAACUCACUUGAUAAUAUUAAAUUAACUCACAAAGAUGCCAAGGAUGCUUUUCUAACCACUCCAUUAGAAACAAGGGUCGGGUCAAAUGAAAGUUGCGCGAAGGUGGCCAUGCGCGAUUUAGUAACCCGGUUUUUAUCAUAAUUAGACUGUUUGAGCUGUGCCGGGCACAUCGUACAUGCACGUAUAACCAUUGUUUUAAUUUCGCUUUGUAGUUUGAAGCCAUUCCAGAAUCUCUAAAGAAUAUGUUACUGGUGAUGUCAACAGCAGGGAUAUUCGAUGAAGAGGAAUGUACAUUAACAGCUGGUUCCCAAAGUGAUAACCGCAAAACACCUGCCAGGCCAGAAUCAGACAUACAUAAGUACUCUGCACUAUGGCAGGUCACAUGGGAACGGAUUGACUGCUUCUUACCCAACCUCCGCCAGGAACUUUUUACACCUCGCAGUCAAUUACCCGUUAGCAACAUCCCUAAAGUGAAGCCUGAGCAGGAGAAAACAGUUUCGGAGGAAAGCAAUCGCGCUAUGGAGUUGCCUAGUAACGGUGAGAAAUUAUGUUGCUAUGUAACAAAUAGAUUCCAAGUUGCCGUGCGUCUGUACAGUAAUAGAUCACAGAUGACGUCAAAAUGUUGUAAGAACAAAAAAGUGGCACACAAGGCGCAGCUGGGUGUGUCACUGAUGUUCUUACCAUAUUUUGACGUCCUCUGUGAUCUAUUACUGUACAGACGCACGGCAAAUUGGAAUCUAUUUGUUUUAUAUAAUUUAGAAUUAAAAAAGUUUUAAUGAUGACGUCAUCUAUACGUCUGUCUUUCAAUAGAUCAUAAGUGGGAACCAAUCAGAAUGCGUGCAUAACUGAGCAUAUUAUAUAAUGUAAUUUGGUUUGAUUGGAAACUUUCUUCUCUUAAGUCGAACAGUUCUACAAAAAUAAUUACAACGGCCAAUCAGAAGAUGGGAAAGUAAGUUAAAAAGCCAAUGAGAACCGAAAGUAAAAACAAGUAACCUGCCUAAAGUGCAGGAAAACGCGGGCGAUCAAGUCGUGAUUGGUUUUAGUUUUGCAUUUGAUUGGUUGAGAGAGUGGUGCGAGUUUUCCGGACCAAUCAUAGAGUGAAGUAAACCAAAACCAAUGCAGACCUGUUUUACUUUCCACACUCAAUGGAAUAUUGCUCUAAAUACUCUUAAAUCAUGAUUACAAUUCAAUCGGUUAGUCCUCCGCCCAAUGGGUUAUAUACAACUAACGUACUGAACUUUGCUACUUUGUAACUGUGAAUUAACCUCCGUUUGCAUUCCGUGCUUCUUUAUCUUUUUAGUUGAUAAAAUGGAUAACCAAGACAAUCCAGACGGUGAGCGAAGCUUGCCUUCCAACCAGAAAAGCAGCAACAGCAGCAUCUCUUCUCCUCCCGGUGGUGGACAGCAGCAAGUUUGUGUGGUUUUACAGCCACCUCUACCUUCAUUAACAAACCGGAGCACCUCUCCAACACACUUGGGCUCCUUAGCAGACAACGUACGCCCCAGUUCAGUGCCCAUUAUUCUGGCUCCCAGUCCAGCACUUUCACCAGCAGCCCUUUCCUCGCCUCAAGGGUCUCGAUCCCCGACACCUACGGAUCCAGGCCCUAAGCAGCUAGAAAUGUCAGAGGAAGUUCCAAGGGAAGAUUUGAAGGCUGACCAAUCAAAUGGCGAGUCAGGAAAAUCUGAUGCACCUUCACCAGAGAGAAUGAAAGCUUCGAUAUAUGACAUCUAGGUUUACUUAGUACGGUUUUGAGGACUACUGUGUGUUCCAAUCGCCUAUAAUUUUAUUGUAAAUUAUUUACUGUACCGGUUAAUUGAAAACGGAGGUUAGAGUUAUCUUAAAUGUUUAGAAUCGGAUUCUACAAGUCAGAACAUGUAAUACGCAUCCCUCCACUUUGUAACAGCCACUGAUCAGAGAAUUUGUUAACUGGUGACACAACUUUAUUGGCAAAGGAUUCAAAUCAUUCCAUAACGGGUCAAAGGUCGCUUAGUCGUGGAAUGACAGCGACUUAACCCUUUUUUCUCCCAUAAGUGACUCAAGUAGAAUUUCUUCUUACAAUAUCAACACAAUAUCAAGCAGACAAGUGAUGAAAUGAAUGAAAAUAAAUAAAAAUAUCACUUAAGGGAUUAUUAGUUAAUCCAGUACUGAAUUCUAUGGCAGACAGAAAGUGAAAGGGCUAAAAGCGUGUAGGGCUAUUGAAGAGACCAUCUAGUUAAAUCCCUUAUGCAUAAUUUGAUCAGAUUUUUUUGAUUGAUUUCCCUUACUCGCACUUAUACAGUCGGUUAAGAAUCAGGACGUGUGGAAUUGCUGACCAGCUGCAAGUGGUACUAAAAGUCCCCAUCAUUUCAAUUCUAACAACGAAAACAAAAUUCACCUAUUUCUCGGCAACAUUCACCUACCAAGAGCCAACAGUUUCCCAGCUUGAAAAAUAAUUGAAAAUAUGAGAUAUCUGUUGUGAGGGUGCGAUGUUUUACGCUAGUUUUAGGGACGAUUGUUUGCCAAAAGGUUUUGUAAUAACUUUGGAAAGGUGACCUUCAGCAUGAGUAAUGAAGCGAAAAAUUAACUGUUUGCCUCGAUUCCUCGGUUGACAUAUCUGUUAGAUCCUAUUUGAGGUUACAUCUCAGCGACACUCCUUGAAAUCAAGCAAGACUCCC